AGUGAACUGAGUGAGUCGUUCAGUGAACUGGUGUACCGAGGAAUAUAUAUGUUUUAACUUCUAAGAAAGUGGUUCGCGACUUUGCAACAAUAGGAAACUGCGGGCCCCAAGGUGACAACAUUUGGGAGGUUGAAAUAUUCUAAGAAUGUGUCUAGUUGUCUGCAGAAGGGGGGCACGUGCAUCUAGGAUGGGUGCAUAUAAGCAGAUGUCGGGAGACACUGAGCUGAAGAGACUUGUGUUUCCCGAGCGCAUCCUCUGCUCGCUGCUCUCCAUCCGCCUGCACCCGUGAUGAAGGCCAACGUGUUGCUUUUGCUGCUGGCAGCAGUUGUCCGCGGCCUAUUUGACCCAGUCAGGACAGAUCCACUAACAAAUGAGAGUAUCGUCAGUCUGAUAAAAUGUCCUCUUAGCAUUUUUGGGAAACUGCAAACAAAUUUAUCAAUUAGCCAGAGCCAAGAUGCCACUAAAUUCUGCUUUACAGGGGCUAAUCCCAUGUCGCCUGACUGCAUUAAAAUCUCUGGUGCAAACGAGGACACUGUGGAGUCAGAAAUCGUGACUGCCACCAGUGAACUUGAAGCAUUAGUCAAGGCAGAGCUGCCACAGCUCAACGAAGCCCUGACCUGUUACUUGAUAAGCAACUUGUCCACUAAAGGCAACCUGAAUAUGACCGUUACUUUUAUGCAAUUUGGAUCCCAAACGGUUUUGAGUGUGUAUCUGGCGUCGUAUCAGAAACCAUAUGUUCUUGUACAGUCACUUGAAAAUAUGACCGAUUUUAAAGUCAACUUCACCAAGGCUUCUGGGGAAGAAACAAAGUACUUGGACCUCAGUGGCUGCAGGUUUGGGGGACAGGUCAUCUUUCCGGCUUCCAAUACGAUCAUCUCAGAAAAUUGCACCAACUUUUCAUGCAGCGCUCAGGGUCAACUCAUUUCCGAAGAAACUUGUGCAUCCACGGAGACUUGCACCAGUAAUAACACGUGCAAGCCAUCGCAUCGCGCGUGCACUGUAACCGGAGGCCAAGUAAUCCAGUUCUUUGGCCAAGUGUCUACCGUUACGGACCGCUGCUUGUACAGCUUGCUUGAGCCAGUCGAUAGUAGCAGCUUUGUACUGUUGGCGGCUUUUGAGGAUCGCCGCAGUCUGAUCAUGACCUUCUUGGACCGCCUGGAUCUGGUGCUGCCAUCAUCCAACAUUAUCUCUCUUGAAACAAGCGGAAGAGUUCGGGUAAAUGGCCAAAUACAAACGGUUGGCACUCAGGCCACUGAGGUCCACGGAGUGCUGCUCUCCGGCAACGAGGCUGGUGUUACUUUGGAGAUUUUGAACACAGCCAUCUCUGCCGUCAAUGUUUCCAUCUUCUUUGAUGGCUCCUCCGCGUACAUCACAGUGCCUGACGGGGCACCUCUGCAGGGCUUAUGUGGGAACGCCAACGAUCCCGCCUAUUUACCAACUGUCACCGCGGCUAGCCAAAGCAAGCCAGGAUGUGAUUUGAUGCCCCGAAUAAGUAACCUAUUAGUCAACAUUAUGGCGGGACUAGAACGCUGCUCCCUGCUCACGUCGGAGGCUUUUGCCGCUUGCCACAGGAAGGUCCCAGUGGAACCGCACAUCCUGUCGUGCAACAACACGCUGAGCGGCUACCCCAUGGUGGACAACCUCCAGUGCCAGUUCUUCGAGGCCUACGCCCAAGUCUGCAAGCAGCAGUACGACAUCGACUUGGGAGACUGGAGGUCUUCGGUUAACUGCCAAAAGGCUGCUGACAAUCAGGCGUACUGUCAGAACCACACUUGCAACGCUAACGAGUUCUGUGGAGAGUCCGGGCUCAGAAAAACAAGCUGCCUCUGCCGAGCCAUAUUUGCAGCCGAAUACAAGUUGAAAGACACUUUAGGUGACCCCCCCACAUGCCAAGAUGGCUCAGCAUCCAUCUCACUGAUUGGCUGCCUGUUGGAGGAGAACGAUAUUGACCACUCCAUGUUGCACCUCAGAGAUGAGACCUGCAAAGGUGAAAGGGACAGUGAGACCCAUUUGGUGACCUUCAGCUAUAACUCAAGCAACACAUGUGGGACAGAAAUCCAGGGGAACGAAAGCUUUGUGGUUUUCAAGAACAGAAUUGGGAUUGACAAACCUCUAAACAAUUCCAUCAUAACGCGCAACAACUUCCAGUUUGACUUCACGUGUGUGUACAGGCAGCCGGAUCUCAAAACCUUGUCCUUCCAGGUCAAAAGCGGCUCUGUCACGCGUCAAGUGGUAUCGCAGGCCCAGAACUACACUCUGCUCAUGCAAGCGUACGUGGACAGUGCACGCACACAGUUGCUGGAGCCGGGCAUAGAAUUGGAGCUUAAUCAGCAGGUUUGGAUCCAGCUGACCACAGAUGGGCUGGAUGGGAAGGCAAUCAAAAUGGUGACCCAGUCCUGCUGGGUGACAAAAGAUUCUUCGCCCAAUGACACUUUGAGAUACGACCUCAUCGUAGAUGGCUGUCCGAACCUCCAAGAUGGCACGGUGGAUAUAGAGGGCAAUGGAUUGGGGAAGGACAACUACUUCUUGUUCCGAAUGUUCCAGUUUUUGAACAGCAGAAACUUCUACCUGCACUGCAACGUGACCCUGUGCGCGAAGCCGCAGUGCGCCCCGGCCUGCGGCAAGGUUCACAGCAGAAGACGUAGAGCCUUAAAGCAAAGAACUGGCUUUGGUGGGGGCUUAAUCUCAUUGGAGUGGAUAAUUUAGGUGCCUGUUCAAAGAAAUGCUCUCAUUGGUCACUUUUUCUCACAUUGGUCAAAUGUGAAGGGAAUGUGAGCCCUAUAUGAGGAAAAAAAUGGCUUUUUCAAAAAUGUAUAACAACAGUUGGCCGCUAAUACCCAGUUUUGUUUUCUCAGGUGGCCCUUCAAGUUACACAGGGUUUGAUGGCCCAAAAUAGACGACACUUGAUCUCGGGCAUUACAAAAUACCUUGGUGCCGUUCUGGUGAUUAGGGACAAUGAUUUAGGAGAAUUAUUACAGUGUCUUUUAAAAAUGUAUUUACCUACAAUGUUCUUCCAAUUAUUUCUUGAAAAUGUUUUGACUUAUACAGAGUGUAUAAUUCCGAUACAGUUGCUAGUUACCACAAUAUUGAAGUAAUGUAACUUGAUUACUUUCAAUUACUUUUGGGUUACUUCAAACACCAAAUAUGACAAAAGAAAUUCAAUAUCAAUAAAGUAUAUACAGUAUCAA